UCACCCUCUGCUCAUAACCCCUCACCUCCUCCCUCAUCCUCACUUACAUGCGACCACCCUCUCCCCCAGCCUACAACCGCCGGCCGCCACCCCAAUCACAUCCGCCGGUACCCACCCCCUUCGCCGCUCCUCCUUACCGCCGACCCACCUCCCUUCUACACCAACCACCGCCGCUCACCACAACCUUACCCCCUUCCUCUCUCAACCGCAGCCAGCCGCCACCCACCUCACUUUUCGCCCCUCUCCUCUACUCAUCCGCAAACAUCAACAGUCCAAUUUUCACGAAGUCGGACUUCACUUGGGGGUUCAGGUUCAACCGAAAAAUCAACCGGAAAAUCUUUCUGUUCAUCUUAUCUCUCUUCAAAUCCAAGAAUGUCACGUGCAGGAACUUCAAGUCGGGCCAACAGGAAACGAGGUUGAGACACUCGCUCAGGAAAGGGCCCAGUGGGACACAGGCGGGUGAUGAGGUGUUGGAUGAUGCGGAGUAGAGCGAGGAUGACAGCUUAUAUCUUUUGUUUAUUUUUAUCUUUAUGCUGUUUUUAAUCCUCGUCUAUUGGUUUGUACUUAAAUACAUUAAACAGGUUGGUUGGGAUUUUGGGGUUGGUUGAUACACUUGUGGAUGGUUGUUGAACGUGA